CUCUCACUAGGCACAGCCCCACACGGGCGCACCCCACCAACCCGCACGGCCCUACGACGCUCCCACACGCGCACACACGCCCCCCGACACGCGCACACACAUGGGGUGAUGGAUGGGGGGCAGCGCGGCGGAGGGCCAUGGCAAUGACAUGGCGCAAGAGGUCGCUCCCCCCCUUCGACAAAAGGAUCCAAUUGCCAUCCCGUCUGCCAGCCAUGCGAGGGAGCCGACGGAGGAAGGGCUGCCCCCUACACCAGCACUCGCACACCACAACCCCCAUCGAUCCCCUUCUUGUCUGCUGCGCUUCUUCUUCUACUACUUCUUGAUUGAUCACCAUCACCACUCGGCCCACCCUUCUCCAAAGAACGGCCGCUUCUUGCAUCGUUUGGUUCUUGGAUGAUUGGAUCUUGGUCCUGUCAUACCUGUAUAGCUGCAUUGCCCAAUCGAGGCACCGAUUUGGAGAAAGGAUUGCUGCUGCAUUGAUGAAUGCCGGAGCUAUAGCAUUCACUGAUUUGGGGAUUCGAUGUCACGGGCACCCGGAUGUCAUUGCCGAUCGCCGUCGUAGCCGGCAUUGCCGCCGGUGGCGCCACCUUGCUCGCGGCGGCGGCCGUGGUGUUCGCUCUGUGGUGCGCGGCGCGGCUCAGGGCGUGGCGUAACCGCAACUCCGACACCGGCUCCUCCGAUCCUCCAACGCUAGUGGAGUGGGGCAAGAGGGGCCGGUUUUCAUCCACGCCGCCUGAGGAACAUCAGGGCGCGAGGCAAUUCUCGUUGGAGGAGCUGGUGCAGGCCACCAAGAACUUCAGUGAGGCGAACGUGGUCGGCGUGGGGAGCUUUGGGUUGGUGUACAUGGGGUUGGUUCUUGACGGCACGGUUGUCGCGAUCAAGAGGCGUGUGGCGGCACCGAGGCAGGAGUUUGCUGAAGAGGUUAGGUGGCUUUCAGAGAUCCGUCACCGAAACAUUGUAACUCUCAUUGGUUACUGUCAAGAAGGGGGCCUACAAAUGCUGGUGUAUGAGUACUUGCCCAAUGGCAGCGUCUGUGGUCAUCUGUAUGAUACUGGGAAAGGCAACAUAACGCGGCUUGAGUUCAAGCAAAGGCUCUCAAUAGCCAUCGGAGCAGCUAAAGGUCUGGAUUAUCUGCACAGUCUUGUGCCUCCUUUGAUCCACACAGACUUCAAGACGAGUAAUGUUUUGGUUGAUGAGAAUUUCAUUGCAAAGGUGGUUGAUGCUGGACUUGUUAGGUUACUUAGAGGACCUGAGGAUGUCGGCCCAUCGCAUGGGUUUAGUAGCUGUGUCUACCAGGAUCCUGAGAUACACUCGGUGGCGCAGUUUUCUGAAAGCAGCGAUGUGUACAGCUUUGGAGUUUUCCUUUUGGAGUUAAUUACCGGCAAGGAAGCGGUUCGCUUGAUAUCUCCAGAUUCCAGAGAACCUCUGGCCCACUGGAUGGAAGCACAUUUCAGUUCAGAUGAACUGAUUGACCCAAGGUUAGGCGGCAGCUUCACUUCAGAAAGUAUGAAAGAGCUUGUUGGCCUCACAUUCCAGUGCCUGAACCCGUCGUCGAGAAGGCGACCAAAGAUGAGGCUGGUCGUGACCGAACUGGACCGGAUUCUGGAGACGGAGAUGUCCAUGACAACGAUCAUGGGUGAUGGAACUGCCAUCAUCACACUGGGGAGCCAAUUGUUCACGUCGUGAGGCGUCGAAGAUCGAUUUCAUGUCUGCUAUUUGAUGACAUGAUGAUUGCGUGUGGAGUCUAACAGCUGUUGUUUCUGCGAAGUUGUACAGGCUCUGGAUUGUUGUGAAAUGCCAUGUAUGGUUCUUUUUUAAGCUUAUCAUGGUUGGUAUAGUUUGGUAGUAGAGGUGAGAAGAAAUAGAGCUGUAUGUAUCUCUCCUUUUCUAAUUCUUCUUUUCAUCGUUUGGGAGAAGAAUGUAUGUAAUUUUUAGAAUGUUCACUGCCCUUCAAUGUAUUUGCAGAUUGUUCAUUGUCCUUCAGUGUUUUAAUCUCUGAAGGGACAAAUUUAGAGUUAUUGUGCUAAGUUGAUAUUGCUCAUGGCUAUCUAUAUAUCUAUCUGACUACCUGGGUAGAAAACAA